GGUUUAGCCAUAUUAUGUUACCAUUAAAAGCAUUGCUAACGGUUUUCCACCUCAGCUCCAUGUUGGUGUCCACAUCAAAUUUCAUUAAAAAUGUACAGGUUGUUAUUAAAAAUAACAAAAAUAGGAGAAUUAAAGGCAAAUGGUCAGGUUGUGUCGAAUGGGAUUCACUACAGCAUCACCAGCUCCGUCGUUGGUCCUUUGACUCCUCGAGUUCCGCACUUGCCUUCACCGCCAAAGCUUCUAGAUCUCUCCUCCAUUGCCCAUAUGUGAUAAGCCCACGAAUCAAUGAACUCAGCCCAACCAUUGUCCAAGCUUAUCGUUGCCAGGACAGGAGUAGUCUUUGGGUUUUGUUUUAGCUUGAAAGGGUAUUCCCUACUGAUUAGGAGGAGUAGUUGCUCGUUGUUUUGGUUGGAAUAAAGUCCAUCCACCUUAAGUGGAGAAAGAGUAGGCAGUAGCUAGUCGUGGAAGCAUAGCUCCCACCUUGUUAGGUUUUUAGUUUCAACGAUGAUGUAUUUAAACUAGAAGCAAAGGAAUAACAAGAGAGCAGAAUUUCAGUAAGUAAAACCCCUGGUAAUUUCUUGCCAAGAAAAGAGAGAACUGGCUCAAUCCCGCCAAAAAAAGGGAAUCAUUCACUCAUACGAUUUCAACACGUAUCAUUUGGUAUCAGAGUCGUUGAUUAGUGUUUCAAUCAUGACGAACUCAGAGAAACCAUCAAGAGAUGAACUCAUCAAUCGAAUGAUGACAUCUUUGGAUAUUGCAAAUGGCAGCUUGUCGUAGAUCAUCAAGGCUUACGAUAGUCACCGCACCACCGCCGCAAGUUGAAGCUGCCGAUUCGGUAGAGGACGAUGUAGAAGAUGCUGACGGCGCAAAGCCUGCACUGCCGUUUUCGUCCUUCCCUCUUGUCGCACCGACGAGUGCCUCCGAACCACCGUCGCCGCAAAUCGAGACCACGACAGCCAUGGAAGAGGUGGAGAUCGUCGUCCCACCUAUAUCGAUCGCGCCGCCACGGUCGCAUGUUGAAGCUGUAGCCGAUUCGGUAGAGAAAGAAGAAGAAGACGGCGUCACAUCAGUUGCGCCUUCGAUGUGGACCCUAUCGCCCACAACAACGUCGCCGUCGACUAUCAUUGCACCGUCGCCGCCGCUCGAGAGCCUGGACGCCAUGGAAACCACGAAGAUCACCCCGCAGCUAAGUCUCGUUGCGCCCCUGGUCGUCGCUCCACCGCAUUGGAUGCCUACCGCUGCUGGUGUUGCUAUCAUUGCUCCACUGCCGCCGUAGAUUGAAAGCUUUUUGAGUUCACCGAUCGUACCCCCUGUGCACACAACAUAACUGCUAUCGAUUCACAUUGAGUUGGAGCCACCGAUUGCAUCAGCAGCCAAGGCCGCCCCUGCUUUGCCACGUCUCGCCGUUAAGAAUCAACGGGAAGGGAAGUC